CCAGGGAACAGGGGUCAGAGGAGGAGGAACACGAGGGAGGGGAAGAGGUGGCGGGCGUCGGGCGUCGCAUGGCCGUGCAGAGGCUGGUGGCGGUGGCGGUGGCAGUGGCCCUGCUGUCCCUGGUCCUUAACAACGUUGCAGCCUUCACGCCCAGCUGGGUGCUGCAAGCGCUGGGAGAGGGGCGCAAGAGGAGCGUGGGACUGUGGAGGAUGUGCCCCGCUGGUGGAGAGAGGGGCCGUGAUGAUCUGCAGGCUGGGAGAAAGGGGCAAGGGACUCAGAGGCAGUGCCAGAGUCUGGGAUGGGGCUCUGAGUACGCAGGAUACCAGGAAUCCCGCAGCACAGUCAAAUUGCAGUUUGACAUGAUGCGAGCAUGCAACCUGAUGGCAACUGUGGCCCUGACUGCUGGUCAGCUGAUCUUCCUCCUUGGUCUGGUGGAGCUGCCCUUCAUCACACAGGAAUCUCAGUGGUGGGAGGAAGCUAUAGCUGCACUCUUCCAGCUGGCCAGUUUUGUGCUCGUGAUCGGACUUGUGACCUUCUACAGGAUUGGGCCCUUCACACACCUGUCCUACUCCUGCUACCUGGACAUCGCUGCUUGCCUGCUGGCCACGUUUGCUGCAGCCAUGCUCAUUUGGAACAUUUUACAUCGCCGUGAUGACUGCCUCGCUCCUCCUGUUAUAAUUAUCAGCCGCUCACUGGCAUCGCCUUUUCAUCCACGACUAGACAAUGACUAUGUGGAGUCGCCAUGUUGAGUCAUGUCACUUCAUACUGCAAGCAAGAAGUAUCAAGAGACUCUGACGGAAAGAGGACACUCCUGCUGCUCUACAACAGCUGGGAAAACAUGGACUAAAAAUGAUAAAACUCUAUUAUCACAAUCUGUUCCAACAUAAACAAGACGCCAGAAUUAUUUGCUACUUAGUGCACAAUUUAACUUUUUUUUAUUUUUUUACUGUAAGGCCCCAAAAAUGCACAAAUAUUCAACACUAUAAGAUGUUUCAUUACUUAUACUUGGAUUAGCUAAUUGUUAGUUAAACUGGACUCUACCAUUGUAACACCCUGUAAGUGGAAAGAUCAAGCUGGAACUUGACUUAUAUUGUUCAUUGUGCACUUAUGCAAUGGCCUCUUGCACACUUAUAAAUUGGAAAUUAUAAAAUGUUUUAAAUAUAAUACAAGAAUACCUCACAUGUUAACAAGUAUGACUGUUAAAGAUGCAUGUUAUAAAUAAGCAGAGUCACUAAAAAGCAAAUCAAAAUAGCUUUGGGAGAACUGGGAUCAGGCUACAUUUAAUCAAAUAAUGCUGUUGCAAUAAAUAAUGAAAAAAUCCCAAAGGUCUGCCAAAUCCUAUUUAUGUUCAGAUUGUUUGUUGUUUUCAUUAUAAUUUGAUGAUUACAAAUGUUUGCCACUGCAUUUGAAAAUGACAUUCACAUUUCAGAAUUUGAGUUCACUGUUCAUGAUGCUUUCAGCAGUAAACUGUGCUUGCCUGUGGUACAAAAUGCAUACUUAAAUUAAUAUUUUUACCAGAGAAUGCUUUUAGUUUUUUAAGUACUAUCAGUAUUUUGUGACAAUAUCAUAUCAUGUUAAGGCCUCCAUGCAGACAUUGCCAAACAUAGGGGCAAUUAAACAUAGAAAAACAUGUCAUAUGAAUUCAAUAAAUUUCUAUUGA